CCCUCUCCAGAUUCCAUGAAGGGAAAGACAGGCCAGUUUCUUCUGAGUGUUUGCUCCACAGCUGUAAUAUUUCUGGCCUUACAAUGUGGGCUACAGAUCACCUUCACAUAUGUUCCUAAAGAGAUGAGUGGACCAAUGGACAAUGUUCUCUAUCAUCUUGGAAUAGUGAGAUUCAGUGAUGUGGAUGUUGGCAACAUAAUUCGCCUUCUGGCGCCAGAUCUUGGGUUGUUUCUGGCAUCAAUGUUCAUUCGGAAUUUGUGUAACAAGCUACUGAGACCACCUACCAAUGUGCAAGAGCAAAAUUCAACUCAGCAAUCUGAGACUGAGGAAGCAUCCGAAACAUCUGAAUCAGAGUAUGAAGACGAGAGUGAUGCAUCAUCUACAGAGAGUUCUGAGCAAAUUAAAGCACCUCCAGAGCCUCCUCAGUUUGUGCAGAAACUAAUUGUUUUCGCAGCUGGUCUGAGACUACUACUCGCUACUAUGAUGAACACUGCUGGAAAAGUAGUAGUCACCAUUCUGCUGGGGCUUGCAGGGAUAGCGCUACCCUCCUUGACAUCAGCAUUAUAUUUCGGGUCCUUCCUGUGCCUUGUGUGGUGUUGGAUACUGGGCUUCUCUUUUGAUCUGCUCCAUUUCAGCACACUGUGUAUAAUGAUAAGUAUAUUUAGUGGUGGACACCUCCUGGUCCUCUACCUCUAUCAGCUACCUCUGUUUCAGCAUCUCAUACCUCCUGAGGAUGUUUACGCAAGGCUGUUUGGCAUGACUGCCUUUAUCCACACAAACUCAUCAGAGCCAUAUAGUCUGGGCCUGCAUCCAGAUAUGAACUGGCCUAUGAUAAUAAACCCUCUGUUACUCCUAUUACUCUACUACACGUUGGUGGCCCUUCUACAAAAAUGGGCUUUCACAGCUACAGAGGAUGAUGAAGGAGAGCUUGAAAGUCCUUCAAAAGAAUCAAACAUUCUGUCUAGUUUCUCAAAAGUAGCAGAUGGUGACUACCUUCCUUCUGGAAUGACAGAGCAUAUUAUGAUGCUAAACAACAGUUGGCAGAACAAUAAUCCUUCUGGGCUGGACCCACUUCUAUCAGAUGCUGACUACCUACAGUGUCUUUCCCUUCCAAUGUAUAUCCAGCAUGAUUGCUCUUAUGAUGCUGCAGAAGAACAAGAAGUGAGCUGUUCUACUGGAGAUGGACUAACUGAAGCAUUAACUGGUGAAGAGCCAUUUUCUGCUCCGAAAGCGAGUGCCUUCACUCUGCUUGGUCGGUCUAUUAUGAAACAGAGCUACAUUAUUGCUCUUAUCAUUAUGAUGGUAUGGAGCAUCACUUACAAUUCCUGGCUCACAUUUGCCUUGUUGGUAUGGUCCUGUGUUAUCUGGAUGUCAAGGCACCGGCGGGAGUACACCAUGAUCAGCGCUCCAUUUCUCGCUGUUUAUUGCACGCUGCUCAUGGUCGCUGGCUUUAUUAGCGCUUUCCGUCUCCAUCACAGUGAACUUUUCCCUGCUCUCCCCAAAGCUGUUCUGGUUGAUUUUGAUGUCUACACAUAUCAAACACCCUGUCUCCACCUGGGAGCAAAGAUGAUUUAUUCAUUUAGUUUCUGGAUGUUGCUACGACAACAGUUAAUUGAGAAACAAGAAGAGCAACAGCUGAAAGAAGAGAGUCUUCAUGAGGUCAAAAGCACAAGCAUAGCUGAUCAAAUUGAAUCCACCAGCAUGGUGAAUAUAAUAGGAGCAUUUCUUAAAGGCCUUCUGGUGAAAUACUGGAUAGUCUGUUGCUGCUCCAUGUUUUUUGUCAUCAGUUUCUCUGGGAAAGUGGUUGUCUAUAAAAUCCUUUACAUCUGUUUGUUCCUCUUCUGCGUGGUUCUCUACCAGGUCCGGUAUGAUGUGUGGCGGCAGGUUCUAAAGUACUUCUGGGCUGUGGUGGUCGGUUAUUCCAUGCUGGUUUUGAUUCUAAUAUACAUGUACCAGUUUAAGACUGUUUCAGGCCUGUUUCGUCAAAUCAUAGGCAUGUCAGAAGAGGGACUUCGUGAUCUUGGCCUGGAGCAAUUUGACACCGUAGAGUUAUUUGCACAGAUUUUACUUCCUGCUGCCUUCCUAUUGGCCUGCAUCCUACAAUUGCACUACUUUAACUGUGAUUUUCUCACUCUCACUGAUCUACAGAAUGUUCCUGUGCGUGAUGGUACAUCAACAGAAGAAGAACUGAGAGAGACACUGAAAAUGAUAUCAGACAUGAUAAAAGAAAACAUUGAAAAAUUACAAAACCGGCUGGUUAAGGAGCAGUUGAGUGCAGAGGGGGAUGAUCUGUUGGGCAGCUUAGAACUCAAUUCCACAUCAGUUAAGGAUGAUGAAGAAGUACCAGAAGAAAAAGAAUCAACAAUGAACAAAUGGUUUUUAAUGGUGGAUCGGAUAGGCUUAUUCACAUUACAUGCUCUGCUGUGGUUGGGUAAGGGUCAGGAGUAUUGCUGGAGAUUGCUAGAGCUCCAUAGCCUCAAACUUGUUGCUGCAGGUAUCAUCUGGGUUAGCCUAAAAGAGGUGUCUCUGAUGAAUUUUGUAUUCCUGGCAUCAUGGACAUUUGCUGUCCCAUAUGCAAGACUGCGUCCAAUGGCCUCUACUGUAUCCUCUGUCUGGGCAUGCGUGAUGGUUGUGUGUAAAAUGAUGUAUCAGUUGAAAUUCAUCAAACCAGCUGAGUUUUCUGUUAACUGCACUACUGCUAUGCUGAUUUCUAAUCAGAGCUGGUACAAUGGAAAUGUGGAACAGCUUUUGCAGAAAUCUCUUUUGUAUAUUGAACCUGUGGAUCCAUCUAUGUGGGUUGGCAGUUUGAGAAAAUGUGGCGAUGCCAUUCUGCCUUGCCUACAGAAUCAUUUACUAAUACUGGGCCUCCUUGUGUUUGACGUGACUGUCCAUCGGCACCAGCUCUACCAUUAUCUCAAUUUAAACAUUAAACCUCCUCUUAAAGGCACUAUUUUUAACAAUGUAACAUGGCAGCACCUGGAUCAAGGCAUCCUGCCCUGCCUCAAAUACUUCUGCAAUUAUUUCUUCUACAAGUUUGGCCUAGAGAUAUCAUUUGUAGUGGCAGUGAAUGUGAUUGGCCAGAGGAUGGAUUUCUAUGCCCUUCUGCACUCCUUUGCACUGAUCGCAGUUUUGGGACGUCGCCGGAGGAAGGCUAUUGGUGAAGUUUGGCCCAGAUACUGCUGCUUUACUGCCAGCCUAAUGGUGCUCCAGUAUUUGCUCUGUAUCGGGGUGCCUCCUGCGAUCUGUAUUGAUUAUCCUUGGAGGAAAGGCUCUAAGGCUCUCAGCUCCAAUCAGAUAAAGUGGUUGUAUUUGCCAGAUUUUGCUAUGCAGCCUAACCCCACUUUCAUAUUUUAUGACUUCUUGCUGUUGAUGGUAGCCUCUCUGCAGUGGGAGGUGUUUGAAGAAGAGAAUAAGGCAUCUGUAAGACUCGUGGCAGGGGACAAUGUGGAGAUCAGCAGAAACCUAGACUCUCGCUCUCUUAAUCAGUACACAUCAGUUGGCAAUUUUCUGCACUGCCGGUCAUAUCUUGACAUGGCAAAGGUCUUUGUAUUCAGUUACUUCUUCUGGUUGGUUUUAUGCCUAGUUUUCAUCACUGGCACAACACGUAUCAACAUAUUCUGCCUGGGCUAUCUGGUGGCCUGCUUCUAUUUUAUGCUUUUUGGAGACACAGUGCUGCUGCAGCCUGUGCGCUACAUACUCAGACUGUGGGACUGCCUUAUUGCCUAUACCUGUGUGGUGAUUUGCCUGAAGAACUUUAUCUCUCUGGGAUCCUGUGCUUAUCUGGACAGUCUUUUAAAGAAAGCCUGUUGGCUCAUCCAGGCAUUCAGUAUGUUCUGUACUAUCAAAGGCUAUGAUGUGCCUCAGCCUACGGAUGACUGCGAGCUGCCAGUUGGGGAGGCUGGUAUUGUGUGGGAUGCAGUUUGUUUUACUGUGCUACUGGCUCAAAGGAGAAUAUUUCUCAGUUACUACUUCUUGUAUGUUGUAUCUGACCUUAAAGCUGCUAAGAUCCUUGCCUCCAGAGGUGCAGAACUAUUUGAAGCCAAAGUCAAGAAACGUGUGGCAGCUAGACUGGAGCUGGAGAAGAAAUCUGUGGAGCUCCUGAAAAAACAGAUGGAGAAAAUCAAGUCAAAACAAAAGAAUCAACCAGAACAGGCUGCUAUAUCACUGGAAACCAAAGGGCCUGAACAAAAAAGUGAUGCAGAGCGAAAAGUCUGGGACUCCUGUGGGUAUCGCCUCUUUGAAAGUGACAGUGAAGAAGAGGAGGGUGAAGUGGAUAGCAAGACAGAAGAAGAAUCUGUGCCAAAAAAGAAAUCUGCUCUUCAGUUGGCUUAUGAGGCUUGGGUAGCAGGGUCCAAGGCUGCUCUUAAGACCCAUAAGAGGGAGGAGGUUCAACUGAUGAAAGAAGAAAAGAGGGAACUGUGCAAUGAACUGAGCAUAGAAAGCUACAAGUCGAGUGAUGAGGAGUUGGAAGAGUCGGAACUUGAGCCAAAGGAGGAAGAGAAAGCUAAACUAUCUGAGCGGAUUAUUGACGGUUUGAAGUUUAGCUUGGUCUUCAUUCGGUCACUUCUUGAUGAUAUAACAACGGGUUUGAACUCAUUCUGUAAGGACAAUUUGGAUAUCUCGAAGGUCCUGCGCCUGGAAAGGGCACUGCUGAGCCAGCAACAGAACAAGGGUAAAGAUGUGUCCCAUGAAAGUAUUCAUGAAUUUUACCAGAACUGCCUGUCAAGACAGAACACACAAACACUGUUGGAUGUGGAGAUAAUUACAAAUGCCAGCUCACCACCACCAUUGCCUAUCACAUCUCAUGGCUAUGCUCAACUAAGGAGUACCAACUCCAAACUCUCCUGGAACAGCAGUAUGUCCAGCUGUCAGACGGAUGAGACCAUGCUAAUGUCACGCCAACCAACUCUCAAUGAUGACCUUGAUGAUGCCGCCUCUUUAGUAUCACCCAAAACUGAACAUUCUGAACCAUCCACUGAACAGCAACGUCGGAAACUUUGCAGAUCGACCAACGUAGACAUGGUCUCAUUUGAUCAAGCGGACCUUCUGCUGGACACCGAAGAACCAUCUGCUAUAAGGGAUGAGGAUCAAGAAGAAAAAAACAAAAGGAGUAGUGAAUGGCAAGAUGGGGAAGAGGGUGAGAAAGAAGAAUGGGAGGAAAAGCAAGAAGAUGAGCAGAUUGAGAAGAAAUAUGAAUUGCUCAAGUCAGCAUCACUGGAGUCUAUGGCUAUGGAUGUGGAGAGUGAGAGUAUUUCAGAACCUCAACCACUUACUCAGGAGACCAGAGCUCUCACUGCCAGUGAACUGAUCCUUAACAAUAUGUUCCAGAUCCCAGAAAUUGAUGACUCGGAUAAGUUCUACCUCUCGAUACCCCGGCUCCUGCAGCUCUUCUUUGCCCUCUAUAACACAAUGGUCUCCCAGUCAGAGAUGCUCUGCUACUUCGUCAUCAUUCUAAACCACAUGGUGUCUGCCUCGCUGCUCACGCUCUUCCUCCCCAUUCUCAUCUUUCUCUGGGCUAUGCUCUCUGUUCCACGGCCCACUAAGCGAUUCUGGAUGACUGCCAUCAUCUACACUGAGCUUACAGUGGUAGUGAAGUACUUCUUCCAGUUCGGCUUCUUUCCGUGGACUACCUCUGCAUAUCGUGGCAUUAAUGCUGAGCGACCAUUUGCUCUGCCGAACAUUAUAGGAGUGGAAAAGAAAGACGGCUAUGUUCUGUUUGAUCUUAUCCAGCUACUUGCUCUUUUCUUCCAUCGUUCCAUCCUCAAGUGUCAUGGCCUCUGGGACAACAAAGAGGUAGAGAUGCCUGAUUUCCUUAAGAAGCUGAAAAAGAAAGCAGAAAAAAACAGGCUAAGUGGAGGUGCAAAAGGAGAAAAGGAAGAUAAAAAAAGACGACUUGGUUUCCUGCCUCUUCAGACCUCCACUGCUAAGCUAUUUUUCAGAAGAAAAGAAGAUUCUGAAAGCCAUGAGGUUAGCCGGUUGAAAGAAAAUCGGCCAAAGAAGAAGAAACGCCACUCCAGAGUACCUUUAUCCAGGAAGGAACAGAUCAGAAAGAUGAUUAGAGAGAGAAUGCUGGAAGCUAAGACUGCUAUCAUAGAAGUUGCUCUACAUGUGUACUUACCCAUCAGGCAGUUUUUCUAUGACAUCAUUCAUCCUGACUACAGCCCUGUGUGUGAUGUAUAUGCUCUGAUGUUCUUGAUUGAUGUUGUAAACUUUAUCAUUAUUAUCUUCGGCUACUGGGCUUUUGGGAAACAUACAGCAGCAGCUGAUAUCACUGAAUCCUUGUCCGAAGACCAAGUACCUGAGGCCUUCCUUGUCAUGCUUCUCAUCCAGUUUGCCACUAUGGUUGUUGACCGGGCUCUUUACCUGAGGAAAACCUUGUUAGGAAAGUGUGUGUUUCAGGUGGUUUUAGUUUUUGGAAUACACGUCUGGAUGUUCUUCAUACUCCCUGGUGUCACUGAGAGGAGGUUUAACCGAAAUCAUGUUGCACAGCUAUGGUACUUUGUGAAGUGCAUCUACUUUGGCUUGUCAGCAUAUCAGAUCAAAUGCGGUUACCCGAAUCGUGUCCUGGGCAAUUUCCUCACUAAGAACUACAACUAUCUCAACCUCUUUCUCUUCCAGGGCUUCCGUAUGGUUCCGUUUUUGACCGAACUGCGGGCAGUGAUGGACUGGGUAUGGACAGAUACCACUCUUAGCUUGUCUAGUUGGAUUUGUGUAGAAGACAUUUAUGCCAACAUAUUCAUUCUCAAGUGCUGGAGGGAGUCUGAGAAGAAAUAUCCUCACACUCCCGGACAGAAAAAAAACAAGGUCGUGAAAUAUGGUAUGGGUGGAGUGAUCAUUUUUUCCCUGAUCUGCAUUGUCUGGUUUCCACUUCUCUUCAUGUCACUCGUCAAAUCAGUAGCUGGAGUAACUAAUCAACCAUUAGAUGUUUCCAUUCAGCUAAGCAUAUCAGGAUACGAGCCUUUGUUUAGCAUGAGUGCCCAAGAACAGAAUCUAGUGCCUUUUUCUGAAGCUGAAUUCCAAAAGAUGACAAAUGUUUAUGCUACUCACCCGUCUGCAAUGCAGUUCAUAGUAAACUACAUGGCAGAGGACAUAGUAAUAGCAAAAAUUAAAAGUGAUGCCAGUUUGCUGUGGAGCAUCAGUCCAGCUAGCCAUGAAGCCAUGAUCCAUGAACUCAGCAAUUCUUCACACAUUUACAUUACCAUGCGCUGGACCUUAACAAGAAAUGCAUCCAUUGCGAUGAACGUAGAGACCAUAGGUGAACAUACUGUGAAGUAUGAGGACAAAGUGCUUCAACAUAACCUUGUGCAAAUGCUCAAAGGGGCACGUACCAAACCAGUGAUAAUUGAAAACCUGAUGCCUAAAUAUAUCAGAGGACCCUCAGGGCCAGAAUCAAAAAUGGCACAUAGACUUAAUGUUGAAAAUUCUGAUCGCUCAGAUGACCAUAAUUUGGUCUUCUUCCGUCCCUUGUCCAUCAAACUGAAACAAGCCAACAAUAGCAACGAGGGUAAUGCGCCAUACUGGUGGGUGGUGGAGGAGUGCAGUCCAGGUCAUCCAGUAACCAGAUGCCAGAACAUUGAAAUAGUGGUCUUCAAUGACAAAGUCAGUCCAUCCAGCCUGGGAUUCUUGGCUGGAUAUGGCAUCGUGGGACUGUACAUGUCAGUGGUACUGGUGAUUGGUAAAUUUGUGCGUGAGUUCUUUAAUGGAAUAUCACGUUCCAUCAUGUUUGAGGAACUACCAAAUGUGGACCGUGUGCUGAAACUGUGCACCGACAUCUUUGUUGUCCGGGAGACUGGCGAGAUGGAACUGGAGGAGCAACUGUUUGAAAAACUCAUCUUUUUAUACCGAUCACCUGAAACCAUGAUCAAAAUGACCAGGGAAAAGAAAACAGACUAGCAUUUCUUAGUUUCCUUUGAGUGAUUACUGUUGUUGUUGUUGUUUUUUUAAAUAUCAUACCACAAUUUUAAUAGUGUUGUCCUUCUUCCCUAAUUAAGUCCUACUUCUAAACAGAGUUCUCAGAACGUAU